CCAGUAAUAUUAGUCUGUUUCUGUUUAUUUUUAACUUUACAGUAACUGUUUUCCUAUUGUAGCAUUUGAUUUAUUCAAUAGGUCUGGCAUACAUACACAUCAAAUGAUGACAAAGAAUAUUAUAUUGUGGAGUAGCGAGUAAUCAAAAUUUGUAAUGGAAAUACCAAACUACUAAAUACAUACUAAACGUAAGAAAAUAAAAAGCAGAGAACCAGUCUUUCAGGGUGUCGGUUUAAAAUAAAAGUGUAUGUUUCUUAGUAUGUUCUUUGUGUUAUUGUUGAAAUGAUGUACCUAAUUCUUUUAUUUGGUAUAUUCUGUUCUGUUAACGCACAAAACGUUGGUGGCUUCUGCAGGACACCUUCAGGAGAAUCGGCGAAAUGUAUCAACAUCUACCAAUGUAAUUCUAUUCUUGUUCUUUUACGUUUGCCCUCAAGAACUAGUGAUCAAGUGCAAUUUCUUCGAGACUCUCAAUGUGGAAGUGGUGCCAAUGGAGCACCUCUAGUGUGUUGUGGAUCGAGUUCAGCACUAGUCAAGACUACUCUUCCAGAAGAAAAUAUACCUUAUAAAGCAAAUUCUUUAAUUCCAGAUAGAACAUCAUGCGGAAUUCAGACAAAUUCGCGUAUAUUUGGUGGCGAGCAGACAGAUUUAGAUGAAUAUCCCUGGAUGGCAAUUUUUCAGUAUCAAAAUAUAAGAGGUGAAAAGAAGUACGGUUGCGCAGGAAGUCUAAUUAAUUCGAGAUACGUUUUAACUGCAGGCCAUUGCGUCACUGGUCCGGUAUUGACUAAACUUGGACAACUUGUGAAUGUCCGUUUAGGUGAAUGGGAUACGGAUAGUCCAAAUAGAGAUUGUCGAGAAAUUAAUGGAAAACAGAUAUGUAACGAUCCCGAAAUAAACGUAGGCGUAGACGAAAUAAUACCUUACCCAAGAUAUAAUCCAGAUGACAAUGACAAAUCUCAUGAUAUUGCAUUAAUAAGACUGCAGAGACCAGUUCAAUUUACAAAGUAUAUAUUUCCGAUUUGUUUACCUCUGCCCAAUGAAGGAUCGGUUAUAAAUGACAGCUUAAUAGUAGCAGGUUGGGGGAAAACUGAGUAUGGAAGAAACAGCAAUUUAAAACUUAAAUUAGAAGUUCCAUUUACCGAUAAAACUUCAUGUGCCUCAUUAUUUAGAACAUAUAAUAUAAAUAUUGGCAAUGGUCAAAUUUGUGCUGGAGGUGCAGAUGGAAAAGACUCAUGUACAGGAGAUAGUGGUGGACCAUUGAUGAGGACGUUUCCCAAUGACCAAUUUCGAUGGUAUAUAGAAGGAAUUGUAUCGUUCGGUAUGAGAUGCGGUACAGAAGGAUGGCCUGCUGUCUAUACAAGAGUUGCUGAAUAUGUAGCAUGGGUUCAUCGGACUGUCAGACAAUGACAAAAUUAAAAGAAAUAACGUUAAUUUUAUCAAUAUUAUUUUUGUCAAAAUGAAUAAUCAUGUGUUGUUUUAAAAUAAACAUACUAGAGAUUUAUUAAAAUUACUUUCAGACAUGUGAAACACAAAAUGAGUAUUUUUAUAUUCAUAUUUUUUGUACUCAUAAAUACGUGAAUUUUAUAACCUGAUUAGGUAAUUAUAUAUUUUUUAUUGUUUAUCAUCUUUAUACAUGAUUAGGUAAUGAAUCUACUAGUAUACAUAUUUUGGUAUGGGCACAUAAUUAUACAAGACGAAAAUAUAUCUAACUGUAUAAUUCAUCAGACAAUUUAACUCUAACGACUAGUGCUCACCUAAAUUACUUAUGCAAAAAGAUCAAUAAUGUUCCUAUUACUUUAAACUGAAUAAAAUCUUCAGAAUUA